AUGGAUUUAAAAUUUGAAGAUUUAGUUGGUAGUUUUACAUUUAAAGAAAAUGAUGAUGCAAGUACCAUUUAUGAAAAUAACAAAAAUAUAAUCGAUACUUGUAUACAGAACAAUGGAGAAACAUGUAAAGAAUCUAUAGUUUUUUUCUUUUUUAAAAUGUUAUUUGAUAUGCACAAUUUUAAAAAAAGAAAAAAUACAACCACUCCAAAUGAGAAUAAAAAAAAACAUAAAAAAAAUACCGAAAAAUUUGAAAAGCCAGAAAAAGAUAGCACUCCUAUUAAAUCAAAAAAUGAAGAUAAAGAAAAUAGUGAAGAGAACCAAAAUGCAAAUAAAAAAAGUAAAGAGAAUAAAGACAUAUCAAUUGAAACUAUUAAAGAAAAUAAAGAUUUAAGUAUUGAUGAACAAACAAAUCAAGAACAAGUAUUUUAUGAAGUUUAUGAUUAUUCUUCAGAAGAUGAAAUUGAAGAAUCAAAUAAAAAAAAUGAAAUACCAACAUUUUCUAAAGAAGAAAUUGAAGAAUUUUGUAAAAAAACUAAUGAUGAUCAAACUGUUGAAGAAAAAUCAAAUGAAUUUAUGGAUUUUGAAAUUUCAGAAACUGAUUCGAGUGUUUUUCAAAUGUUAGAACAAAACUCAGAUUUAGAAAAUAAAAAAUUGUUAUGGAUUAAAAUGAUGAAAUUUAAACAAAAAAUACAACAAGAUAUUGAAAGUAUUAAAAAUUUAUAUAAAAAUGAAAAAUUUUUAAAACUCAUCACAAAAGAUGUCAAUAAAAAGUUAGAAAAAAAAAAAGAGGAGGAUUGGACAAAAAACAAAGAAAAAAAUUUAAUAAAAGCUUACACCAAAAUGUGGUACAGAGAUAAUAAAACAAAUUUUAUGACUAUCACAAAUGAAGAAAUUUCAACAAAAUUAAUAGAAUAUUUAAAAAAAGAAAUAGGAAAAGGUCAAAAAUUUAGUUCUUCAUUUAAAAUUCAAACGCUUAAAACGCUUAUAAAGGAAUCAAAGAAAAAUAUUAAGUAUUUAUAUAAACCAAAAGACAAAUGUUAUAAAGAAUUAUGUGCUAAAUAUCCAAAUUAUGUGAUUAAUGAAAAAAUACAAUUAGAAACAGAGGUAGUUAAAGAUAUGGUUAAUUCAAAAUUUUCUUUUGAAAUUAAUGAUGAAGAGGCUACAAAAGUAGCACAAUGGAUUUUAAAGGAAAAAGAAUCUUUUUAUUUUUACACAAAACCAAAUAAUUUUACGAAUCUUUAUCAAUAA